GAAACCAAAAGAAAGCAAGAUGAUGAGAACAACUUUUUAGGAAAUUUCCCAAAACACUCUCCUCUUCAAAUCAUGGCUUCACGCCGUUCCAGCAGAAAUGGAGUUUUUAGUAGUACCAGCAGCAGUAGUAGUAGUAAUUUAGGAGAUUUAAUGUCGAAGAAACAGAAGAAUGGAGUCACUGGAGCUAAAGAAACCCUAGACGACUAUAUCAGUCAGUUGCCGGACGCACUCUUGGUACAAAUUCUCUCUCUUUUGCCCACCAAAGAUGCCGUCAAAUCAUGUCUUCUCUCUAAAAGGUGGCGUUAUCUCUGGCAUUCAAUUUAUAACUUCCUUUUCGAAGAUUUUUAUUACAAGGAACCAGAAAACUUCAAAUCCUUCGUGGAGAACGUUUUGACUCAUUCCACUUGUUCCAAAAUCAAAAAAUUCAAACUCGAUUUAAGUCACAUCUAUAUAACGAACUUUGAAUCGGAAAUCAACCGAUGGGUUAGCUUUGCUGUGGAAAGAAAAGUGGAAGAUUUUGUAUGGUGUAACCUUGGACUCACUUACCAAUUGCCUCUAUUUAUCUACACUAGUUCUUCAUUGAUUACAUUGGAGUUGCUCUAUUGGGUGUUUGAUAAAGGACUACUCAUAGCUUGGAACUCACUAAAGAGCCUAAAGCUGGAUGUAAUAACGUUAGACGAUGACGAUAUGGUGAAAUUACUGUCAAGUUGUCCUGCGCUGGAAACCUUGGAGUUGUCAUGCUUCCAGGAUUUUCGUCGUCUUGAAAUUACGUCUCCAAAUUUAAAGAGACUAAUAUUAGAUGGUGACGGAGGAUUCGAUUCUUUGGAAAUUGUUGCCCCACAUCUUCAGCAUUUGGAGAUUUCAGGACAUCUUGGACAUCUCAUGUGUAGGCUAGUAAAUGUUUUCUCUUUGGUUACUGCCAGCCUCACUUUUAGCAUUAUCUGUAUCAAUGGGGAUGGCGGGACUUAUAUUGGGGAAGAGGAAGAGGAAGAUGAUGUUGAGGAAGACAAUUGUCCUGAUUAUCAUCAAGCUUUCAGAAACCUUGUUCUGGACUAUCUUGAAAAGUUGAGUCAUGUGACUUAGCUCAAAAUUGGAAGUUGGUUAGCAGAGGUUUGUUUUUAUGUCAAACGACCUUAUUUGAUAUCUGAUUUUUACAAGAGAAUUGCAGGAUGUAGAUUAUGAAAAGAGCCUUCAGAAUGAAUAUAAUUAUUCCGUGAAAAAAGAAUUUUUGGUUGAAUAACUGAAAGAAUUUUUCUUUAAUGCA